UCAAUUUUUCCUAUUAUUCAUUUCUAAUGGAUAAUGGGAUUCAGAGACAAUCUUCCAUAAAAAACAAACUUAAAAAUACAAUAUGUUGUUUCACGGGAAAUGUUCAUCAUCAUGAUUCUUCAUUUGAAGAAGGAGAAGGAUUUUAUAACAAAUUACGCAUACCAAAAACACCAAUUUCACCUGCAGGCUCGUCAAGUUCAUCAUCCUCGUGGUUCAAGAAAUCACCCCCAAAUAAUGGAAGCGAUUUUUCACGCGUUAGGGGUAGAAGUAUAAGGGCACGCGUGGGUCGCAAACAAUGUCAUAAUCGUCAAUCACAUUCCGCAGAUUUUAGCUAUGACCCUUCAAGUUAUGCACUCAAUUUUGAAAAUGAAAGUGCCCAAGAUGAUAUCCCAUUUAAAGAUUUUAGCUCUCGGUUGCCUCAAUCACCACCUUCUUCUUCAUCAACGACUAAUUACUCCGAUAAGUUUCCAAAAGAGAUUAUUGGAUAUAGUUAAUUAACACCAUACACAUAAGUAAUUUUAUAUGUUUCAUUGGUUUCAAUUCAAUAUUCAAUUGAACCCAAA